ACUGGGCGCUGGGCACUUCCAUUCCCCAUCAUGGCUGAGCCGCCGGGCGGUAACGGCGCCGUUUCUCCUCCGGCUAGUUUGCCUCGAGAGGUCCGUGAGCAGCUGGCCGAGCUCGAGCUGGAGCUCUCGGAAGGGGACAUUACCCAGAAGGGAUAUGAGAAGAAAAGGGCAAAGCUGUUGGCUCCAUAUUUUCCACAGACCCAAGGAGUUGAUCCAGGUUUGCAAAAAGAACCCCGGAAUCAGACGUCUGCUUCAUCUGCAACUCCAUCCUCAUCCAAGUAUCACCGGGGACGUUCUGGGGGAGCCAGAGAUGAACGCUAUCGAUCCGAUAUCCACACAGAAGCAGUGCAAGCAGCCUUGGCAAAGCACAAAGAACAGAAGAUGGCUCUACCAAUGCCAACAAAAAGACGGUCCACGUUUGUACAGUCCCCAGCUGAUGCCUGCACCCCUCCAGACACGUCUUCUGCAUCCGAAGAUGAAGGGUCGCUCAGGCGCCAGGCUGCUCUAUCUGCUGCAUUGCAUCAGAGCUUACAGAAUGCUGAGUCAUGGAUCAACCGAUCUAUUCAGGGGUCAUCCACAUCUUCAUCAGCAUCUUCUACACUAUCCCAUGGAGAAGGCAAAGGGACCAGUGGGUCACUAGCUGAUGUAUUUGCCAGUACUCGAAUAGAAAAUUUCUCAGUCCCCCCGGAUGUUACUGCAACUACCUCCACACCCGCUUCCUCUGUACGCCCAUCUGCUAUUGACCUUCCUCCAUCGGGAAUAGUGAAGGGCAUGCACAAAGCAUCUAACCGGUCCAGCCUUAUGGACACAGCUGAUGGUGUCCCUGUAAGUAGCAGAGUCUCCACGAAAAUUCAACAGCUGCUCAAUACUCUGAAACGGCCCAAGCGACCACCUCUGAAGGAGUUCUUUGUGGAUGAUUUUGAAGAAAUUGUAGAAGUUCCGCAGCCAGACCCACAUCAGCCGAAACCAGAGGGACGUCAGAUGACACCUGUGAAGGGAGAGCCCCUUGGAGUUGUUUGCAAUUGGCCUCCUGCUUUGGAAGCAGCUCUGCAGCGCUGGGGGACGACGCAGGCCAAAUGCCCUUGUUUGACAGCUCUGGAUGUUACUGGGAAACCUGUCUACACCCUGACAUAUGGCAAGCUGUGGAGCAGAAGCCUAAAGUUGGCCUACACACUGCUGAAUAAACUGGGCACCAAAAAUGAGCCUGUGUUGAAACCUGGAGACAGAGUAGCCCUUGUUUACCCCAACAAUGACCCUGUCAUGUUCAUGGUGGCAUUCUAUGGCUGUUUGCUGGCAGAAGUCAUCCCAGUGCCGAUAGAGGUACCUCUAACCCGAAAGGAUGCUGGUGGCCAGCAGAUAGGGUUUCUACUGGGCAGCUGUGGCAUUGCUUUGGCUCUCACUACUGAGGUUUGCCUGAAGGGCCUUCCCAAAACACAGAAUGGAGAAAUUGUGCAGUUCAAAGGUUGGCCUAGGCUGAAGUGGGUUGUAACAGACUCCAAGUACCUCUCCAAGUCUCCAAAGGACUGGCAGCCCAACAUUUCAAACGCAGGGACUGAGCCAGCUUACAUUGAGUACAAGACCAGCAAGGAGGGGAGUGUGAUGGGUGUUACUGUUUCCCGAAUUUCCAUGCUUUCUCAUUGCCAGGCUUUGUCCCAGGCCUGCAACUAUUCUGAAGGUGAAACCAUUGUGAAUGUCCUAGAUUUCAAGAAGGAUGCAGGCUUGUGGCACAGCAUGCUAACUAGUGUAAUGAACAAGCUGCACACAAUCAGCGUGCCCUACUCUGUGAUGAAAACCUGUCCUCUUUCUUGGGUACAAAGGGUUCACACUCACAAAGCUAAGGUAGCAUUGGUAAAGUGUCGAGAUUUGCACUGGGCCAUGAUGGCUCACCGGGACCAAAGAGAUGUCAGCUUAAGUUCCCUGCGGAUGCUGAUUGUAACUGAUGGUGCUAAUCCUUGGUCUGUGUCAUCCUGUGAUGCUUUCCUGAGUUUAUUUCAGAGCCAGGGGCUUAAACCAGAGGCAAUAUGUCCCUGCGCUACGUCUCCUGAAGCAAUGACAGUGGCAAUUAGGAGGCCUGGUGUCCCUGGGGCACCCUUGCCUGGAAGAGCCAUAUUAUCGAUGAAUGGGUUGAGUUAUGGUGUGAUCCGUGUGAACACAGAAGAUAAGAACUCUGCCCUCACUGUACAGGAUGUUGGUCAUGUGAUGCCAGGAGGAAUGAUGUGCAUAGUAAAGCCGGAUGGCUCUCCGCAGCUGUGCAAGACAGAUGAGAUUGGUGAAAUCUGUGUUAGCUCCAGAACAGGAGGGAUGAUGUAUUAUGGGCUGAGUGGAGUAACUAAAAACACAUUUGAGGUUAUCCCGGUGAAUUCAGCUGGCUCUCCUGUGGGCGAUGUGCCAUUUGUGCGCUCUGGCUUGCUGGGUUUUGUCGGACCAGGAAGCCUGGUGUUUGUUGUUGGGAAAAUAGAUGGGAUGCUGAUUGUUAGUGGACGCAGACAUAAUGCUGAUGACAUCGUGGCCACUGGACUGGCAGUUGAAUCUAUAAAAACAGUUUACAGAGGAAGGAUUGCAGUGUUCUCUGUGACUGUGUUCUACGAUGAGAGAAUUGUGGUGGUGGCUGAGCAGCGACCAGAUGCUUCUGAAGAGGACAGUUUCCAAUGGAUGAGUCGUGUGCUGCAGGCAAUUGACAGCAUUCAUCAAGUGGGAGUAUAUUGCCUCGCUCUCGUUCCAGCCAAUACUUUGCCAAAAACUCCUCUGGGAGGGAUCCAUAUAUCUCAGACCAAACAGCACUUCCUAGAGGGGUCACUGCACCCGUGCAACAUUCUCAUGUGCCCACACACAUGUGUAACCAAUUUGCCAAAACCCAGGCAAAAACAACCAGGUGUCGGCCCUGCCUCUGUGAUGGUGGGAAAUCUGGUUGCAGGGAAGCGCAUUGCACAGGCUUCUGGGAGGGACCUUGGACAGAUAGAAGAGAAUGACUUGGUGAGAAAGCAUCAGUUCCUGUCUGAGGUACUCCAGUGGAGAGCACAAGCAACGCCUGAGCACAUGCUCUUCCUCCUACUCAAUGCCAAGGGGGCUCCUGUGUGUACAGCCACCUGCCUGCAGCUGCAUAAGCGAGCUGAGCGAAUCGCAUCGAUUCUGUUUGAAAAGGGACACCUCAAUGCUGGUGAUAAUGUGGUGCUGCUCUAUCCUCCUGGCAUUGAGCUCAUUGCAGCAUUCUAUGGCUGCCUGUAUGCUGGCUGCAUCCCAGUGACUGUCCGGCCUCCACACGCUCAGAACCUCACUGCCACUUUGCCCACCGUACGGAUGAUUGUAGAUGUCAGCAAAGCUGCCUGUAUUCUUACAAGUCAGAUCUUGAUGAGGCUUCUGAGAUCCAGAGAAGCGGCAACUGCUGUUGAUGUGAAAACCUGGCCAACCAUAAUUGACACAGAUGACUUGCCCAGGAAGCGGCUACCUCAGGCCUACAAACCACCAACUCCAGAAAUGUUGGCAUACCUGGAUUUCAGUGUUUCUACAACUGGGAUGCUUACAGGAGUAAAGAUGUCCCAUGCAGCAGUCAGCGCCCUCUGUAGAGCCAUAAAACUCCAGUGUGAACUGUACUCCACACGGCAGAUUGCCAUCUGUCUCGAUCCCUACUGCGGCCUCGGCUUUGCACUUUGGUGCCUUUGCAGUGUGUAUUCGGGUCACCAGUCCAUCUUAAUUCCUCCUAUGGAGUUGGAGUCCAACCUUUUCCUGUGGCUGUCCACUGUUAGCCAGUAUAAAAUACGGGACACUUUCUGUUCCUACUCGGUCAUGGAUAUGUGUACAAAAGGCCUUGGGAAUCAGGUUGAUGUAUUAAAGGCAAGAGGUAUUAACCUGUCAGGUGUCCGGACUUGCGUGGUGGUGGCAGAGGAGCGCCCCCGAGUUGCUCUUACUCAGUCCUUCUCCAAGCUUUUCAAGGACAUUGGCCUCUCAUCUCGUGCAGUCAGCACCACCUUUGGGUCAAGAGUCAAUGUAGCUAUCUGUUUACAGGGAACCUCAGGGCCUGAUCCCACCACAGUGUAUGUGGAUCUGAAAUCCUUAAGACAUGACAGAGUGCGGCUUGUUGAAAGAGGUGCUCCCCAGAGCCUGCUGCUCUCCGAGUCAGGCAAGAUAUUGCCUGGGGUCAAAGUGAUCAUUGUUAAUCCUGAGACCAAAGGACCUGUUGGAGAUUCUCAUCUUGGAGAGAUCUGGGUGAACAGCCCCCACACUGCCAGUGGUUACUACACUAUUUAUGAUAGUGAAACCCUCCAAGCAGAUCAUUUCAACACACGCCUGAGCUUUGGUGAUGCUGCCCAGACUCUUUGGGCACGAACAGGGUACCUUGGCUUUGUACGCCGGACCGAGCUGACAGCAGCCAGUGGAGAACGCCAUGAUGCACUGUAUGUCGUAGGGGCACUGGAUGAGACUCUUGAACUACGGGGCUUGCGCUAUCACCCAAUUGACAUAGAGACCUCAGUUUCCCGGACACAUAGGAGCAUUGCUGAAUGUGCGGUGUUCACGUGGACCAACUUACUGGUGGUGGUUGUGGAGCUAUGUGGCUGUGAACAGGAGGCCCUUGAUCUUGUCCCUCUGGUUACCAAUGUGGUUCUUGAAGAACAUUAUCUGAUUGUGGGAGUUGUGGUAGUGGUCGAUCCUGGGGUGAUUCCCAUCAAUUCCAGAGGAGAGAAGCAACGCAUGCAUCUCCGUGACAGCUUCUUGGCUGACCACUUGGACCCCAUCUAUGUAGCAUAUAAUAUGUAAUGUUAGGAGUGCAGGUCACAGUACUGUUUACAGACCUUGCAAGGAUCAGUGAUGGCUGUGGAAAAGAAACAUCGGUUGACAAUGAAUGAUGAUUGUUGUGAAACUGGGCCCUGCUAUCCUUUCCUCUGUAUUUUCCUGGAUUUAUAACAGAAUGGAUUGAUCAAAAGGCAAAAGGUGGCAGUCAGUGAAGAACAUUUGUAUUGCAGGGUGUUAGCUUUAUGGACAAUGGAAAGAUGACCUGCAUGAGAAACAAAUUACUAAGGCCUUUACUGUAGUGUUAACUUUUUCAUCUGUUGUAUAUAUUUGUAUUUUUUUCUAAUACUGUUUUAGGAUUCUAUGGGGGGAGGUUAUUUAGUUUAGAUGGCAGUCUGUAAGAACAAGGUCAUGAGAGUCCUUCUCAUUCCCCAGUAAACAAUGUGCUUUGCAACUGUAAAGUAGUUUCCUUCUGUAGCGUUCUGUUAAUAUGGGAUCACACUGCUUACUUAAAAUUGUGCCAUGACCAAAUCCAAUAAUCCACUGAACUAAAGAAUUACUUACUCAUAUAGAUAUUCCAUGAAUUUUAAGGGGGGAAAUGCCUAUAUUUUAAAUAUGUAAAUAUUAAUAUGCAUAAUGCAUUUAUUUAGAAAAUUGGCUCAGAUAAUGCCAUCAUAUGAGGUAGACAUCAUUUAAGGACUUCAACAAAUUCAUUAAAAUAAAUUAUGUUUUUGUUAGGCUAUUAAUGCAAGAAAUGCAGAACAUAGGUUUAUAUGUUCAGUUUCUACUGUUUUGUUGCUGGCCAGAGUAUGUCAUAGCAUGUAGAAACCUAUUUUACAGGCAGAUGUGUAUAAAAGAGGCUGAGGUCCAUAAGCUUUAAAAGCAUUUUAAAAACAAAGAGAAGAAAAAAUAUCUCUGGAAUGUUUAAUGUAAUCUGCUCAGCCUCUGCUUAUCCUUGUCAAAUAGCAUGUAGGCAGGAGGACACCAAGUAACCAGUUACAGUGUGUCAUGAUUCCCUCCUUUCCUGAUCAUGCACAGUAAUGGAUGCAGAUGCACAGAGAGACUUAUGUGUAAACUGGAAAAAUAGCCCUGCCAUUACCUUAAGGCUCUUGCUGCUUUCUGGGUGGGACUUGUUACAGCCAAGCAAGAGCUAUUGCAGAAUGUCUUCGAAGCAAGGACAGUGCACUUCUGUUGAAAGCAUGGAGAAAUACCUCUCCAAGAGUAUUGACAAAAAAGUGGAUGCCUUAAAAUGUGUUGGAAUCACCCUUGUCUGGGUUUACAGUCCCCUGUUCCCACUGGGCUGGGGAGGAGAAGCAACAUUUCAACUUUUGAUUUAGAUCAUCGUUUUUCUGGUUGCACCCUUUGAUCCUUCUCCCACCCUUACUCUUAUGUUAUUUGUUAAAGAACACUGAAAGCUGAUGCCAGAAAUGGUGACAACUCUUCUUGGGCCAUUUGUGGUCUAUUGUGUAAAUAGUUAGAAUAUUUUAAUAAUCUGUUUACCCACCCUGUAACAAAGUUAAUGGUUUUUAGACAUUUUUAAGAGAGAUAUAAAUAUAAACUUGGAUUAAAUCUCGAACUUACAGCAGCUAUAUUAAGUGCAGCUCUAUCCCUUAAUUCAAAACAAAUUCCAAACAUAUACUUGAAACUCUUUCUGUACAAACUUUCAAACUUUUUUUUAAUGGCUUGACAUAUUGAUAUUUAGACUGCUUUUAAAUAUGUUGACAAAAUAUGUAAAGUUCCUUCUCUGGUCAUACAUAAAGAUAUUGGGAUAUAUUCUGAAACAAAUAAUCAUAGCAAAACUAGGUGGAGGGAGGUCCAUUGCUUCAAAUGGUUGAAAUAUUAACCACUGACUCUUAUAGUGGAGACAGUGUUAAUAUUUUGCAUUAUCAGUAUUUCCACAGUGUGGUGCUGCUACAUAGAUGAAAAGCCCUCCAUGCUGAUACCCUGUUAGCAUGUCAUUUGCAGUGGUGGUUAGGGGAAUGCACACACAAAGGAGUUGCUGACAUUCAGCAUGUGCACAGCAUAGUACAGAUAGGCUUCAGCAUAUAAAUGUCCAGCACACUUCAGCCCUUAUGGAGUAUAGCAUGUUCCUCUGCCAAUAUCCAUGGCAGUGUUUUCUCCACCAACGUGAUAUCUUCCACACCCACUAUACAUUCUCCCCAUAUGUAGGAUGAUAGAAAUCUUGUGUGCAGUACAGAGAAACGUCCUGGCGUGACAUUUUUAGAACUUCUAUCUGGAAGACUUGUAUUGUAUUCUAAAUACAGCAGAAAGAAAUCAUUCUGGUCUCUAAAUACACCAUUUCCUCUUGAUUCAAUGUUUAAGCAAUUUCUUUCUGAUUAAGUGUGUGAUUUUAAUGCAGAGUGUUAUCUUUCCAAAAGCCCUUACAGUCAAACCUAUGGUGAUUUUAAUGUACUUUUUAGGCUUGGGACCUCCUCAGUGCUGCACAAUUGUUUGCCUUCAGGUAGCUUAUAUAAAAUGGCUGAGAUUCCAAAGGAAUGACUGUGGAAUUGGUGUCACCUUUACCUGAGCUCUGACACUGAUUUGCUCUGUGUGGCUUUGGGUAUGUUGCUCCAUGUUCUCCAUCAGUACAUGAGAUAAUCCAGCUUUCAAAUGGACUUCAGUAAGGAUGUUGUUCCCCAUAAGUUUUGCUAAGUGAUCUAUCUGGAGCUAGCUUGCCCUUUCCUCUGCCACAUGAACCACCUAUAUGGUGGUGGUGGUCUUUAAUGAAUCCAAAGGAGCAGAGUCAGUAUCUCCAGCCCUGUUUGUUUGGAUUUUAGUUUAGUUCAGAUGAUACUGAGCCUAGGUUUCCAACAGUGUCUAUUGUUAUGAAGCCAUUUGGAGCGGCUGUUAUCACAAGAAUCCGUUUACUACUAUGAAAACCUAAUUGAACAACAAAAACAUCUUUCACUUAUUGCUUUCACAGAACUUCUGCUCUUGUUAAGUAUGUUUGUUACUGUACCCAUAACACCAGCCCUGUUCAUGUAUAUUGCUUUUUAAAAUUUCAAUAGAUACUGUAGUCAAGAAUGAUGGGCAAUGCUGAACUAUGCUGGAGAUAUGGUUGUAAAAACAAUAGGUUCAUUGACUUUAGCCCUGAAGGCAUUUUUUCCUUUUGUUAAUGUCAAUACGUUUACCAUUGUCAGAUUCAAAUUACAACAGUGUAAUUAUGUAUAAAGUUUUUUAUUUAUUUGAAAUUAGGUUUUAGAUAUACUUUUUUUUUUAAUUUUAACAUCUGGCUGGACAGUGUUCCAUUAACGCAUUGAUUGUGUCUCCUUUGUCUUGUGUUAAUAAAUAAUGAUUCCUGA